UUAGCAACUUGUGAGGAAAAAGAUGUUUGCAGCACAUCCUUCUUUUUAUCUUGUGGUAGUUGCCAGUGUUGUAUUAUUGUUACUGGUGUUUGUAUUUGUAUUAUCGGUCCUGUUCCACGAUAUCACAAAAUUACCUGAUUGACAUUUUAAUCAAUUUCAUCUUGAAAAAGACACAAACGCAUUGUACCCUUCUGUUGUUUGUCAGAAAUGUAUGGAGCGUCUGGGGCGCCGGGGAAGGCCAGAAGAGAAAGGAGUGAAACUGGACUAUCUGGAUAAGCUGCAUGUUCAACAUGAGAGGUGGCUUGUGGAGAAGAGCACUGAAUUACAUUUUGAGAAGUUGAAACAGAUACCUGUGUUGCAACUGGAUGCCAGUGUGGAGUUUCAGAGUGACCCAGAGGUGCAGGAGGAAUUUAUACGAAAGAUAAAAAAGUUCUUCGCUGCUUUAUGAGAGUCAGCUCCCAUCACCAGUGGGAAACCGAUGGGACCAGUCAGACCUCAGUCAACUGUGUUAACUUACAUAUAGAGGGAAGGAAAUAUAAAGUAAUAUUAAAGGUUUUCUCUCUUUGAGAAGUUGCUGGACCACCUGUUUGUUUUUUUUCUGUAUACAAAUGUCUUAUCUCUAAAUAAACUGUUCGAUUGUUAAAUUUGUUCUGCUUUUAUUGUUUGCAUGUUAAUGUUUUGAGAUUCACUGGCUGGUUAAAGUUAGUUGUUACACUGUACUGUUUAUUCCCCUUGAAAUCCAAACUAAGUCUGUGCUGUCAGUUCUAUGACCAUUUGGAAACAGUUACACACUCCUGACUGACAAUGAACAAGCAAACAAGUAUUAAGUAUUCCAUUUGUUGUCUGUUAACAAAUAAAAACCUUAUCUAAUUGUUGUGAUGCAUUUUCCAUUUUAUUAUCAAUUAAAUGACAUCUUUUAUUCCUAGUUUCUGUAUGUGUGACAUUACCUUUGCCAUUGCUACUAAACAGAAAGGUGCUAAUGGCUGCACAGCAUUUAAAGUGUUAUUUGUUAAUGGAUUUUUACAUUUCAAAAGGAUUUGGCUCCCGAGUGAGUAGAAAAGUCCGGGCGGUUUGACAGGACAAUGACCUUGGCUAAAUGUUGUCUUUAUCUCCCCCUCCGGUGUGCUCUGAUGAUCACAGGGGCUGUUCAGAUGCCUGGAGUGAUCAGGGGUCAUCAAAGGGCAGCUGUCCACUAUAAAGGGGCCUGUCUGGAGCUCCGUCUGCACAUAGCAUCAUUUCAGCCCGAGACCAGCUGCAGGAAGGAAGGAGCUCUUUUGCCUCUCUCUCAUUAUUGUCGGAGUAGAGUUAGUUUGUUUCAGUUAAAAUGGAAGCCAGCGUCCUGACAGUUUUCUGCACACUCCUCGUCUGUUCUUUUGGAUCCACACAGGGCCACAGAUAUUUGAAAGACCUCAAGUCCAGUUCAGCAUUCAGAAAUCUCUCAUUUAAUCAUCGCAGCAGAUAUCCUCUAUACAUGAUGCAGCUGUACCGCUCCUUCAGGACCGUCGAUUUCUCACCCUCAUUAGCUGUCAACGCCGCUACAAUGCAAGGUCACAACUCGUCAGUGCACAGUUCUGACUCCGUCCUCAGUCUGAUGGCCAAAGGCCUUAAUAGCAAUGGGCAGCCAAGUUGCAGAGUGUGCUGCCUCAAUGGAGGCCAUGAGGACGGAUGCGAGAAGCAACACAUACCACAACCCCAUGGGCAUAUCUCAGAUCCUUCCAGCUCUCCAGCAGAAAUCCUACCUGGCGGUUAAAAGCAAGGAGUGCCUCAAUGAGGACGACACUCUGGUGCUGGAGCCCAUAGAUCCUGUGGUGGUUUUACCAAGCGAGUCCACGUUGACUGUGAUGGUGGAGGUGGUGGCGUCCAGCGGGGCCGCUGUUGUUUACUCUGUGGAUGCACCGAAGGGGAGCUCUCUGUUGGAGGCCCUUGAACUUCUCAAGGGCAAAAAUGUUGGCUUCACGUUUGAGAAGGAGUCCAGCUUGUGGGGACCCUUCUUAAGCGCGGUGAACGGAGAGCAGGCCAGACAGAGCGACCGUAGAUACUGGCACCUCUCCUCUGAUGGCACUGCACUCAGUCAGGGUGUUAAUGAUUUCAAGAUUGAGGUUGCUCAGAAGAUAACCAUCAAAAACACAAGCUACUAGUCGGUCACUGCUGAUGCAGCAGUGAUUGAUGAGGAUGAAAAGCAGUUAAAACUAUUUGUUGUUUAAACCAGUGAUUGUGCUUUUUUAAACAAAUAAAAAAAGUGUAAUGCCUUUUUAAAUGAAGUUUCUGUAAGUUUGUCUCUUGUUGCAGACAAAAUAUGAAUUAUAAGCAAGUGACAGUUGAUUAAAUUACUAGCACCUUUA